AUGGAUAAUUAAAAAAAGAUUUUAGUACCUAUUGCUCCAUGCUUUGAGGAAAUAGAAGCAAUUACUGUUAUAGAUUUAUUCCGCCGUAUAGGAGCAGAUAUUAUAGUAGCAUCUAUCUUGAAUAAAUCUGAAGGAUUAGUUGUUAAAGGUGCUAAUGGAAUAUAAAUAAUAUGUGACAAAAACUUAGAAGAGGUGAUUGAUUAAGAUUUCGAUAUGAUAGUCUGUCCUGGUGGUAUGCCUGGCGCUUAGUAUUUAAGUGAUUGCUAAAUCCUAAUUUAGAGAUUAAAGAAAUAGAAAGAAUAAGACAAGUAUUAUGCAGCUAUUUGUGCUGCGCCUUUUGUUAUCUUUGAAAAACAUGGAUUCUUAAAUAGCUAGGUUGCAGGAACUUGCCAUCCUGGAUUUGCUGACAAGUUAGCAAAUCAAACUAAGGUAAAUCUAGAUGUAGUUGUUUCUGGAAAGUGUGUCACUUCUAAAAGUGCAGGAACCGCGAUGGAUUUUGGACUUUAACUUCUCAGAUUACUGUAUCCAGAACAAUAAGUUCUUGAUGUUUUAAAAAAGCUAGUAUAUACUAAAUGA